GCGGGGCGUGGGCGGGGCCUAACAGGUCGGCCCCGCCCCACCCCGGUGCCUUUCGGAGCCCCCGGGUCCCUCCGCCAGCCGGCUCAGCGGGGCGGUGCCUCGGUGCCCCGGUGCUCCGGCUUCCCGCUCCUGGCCAGGGGUAAUCCCUGAAGGAAUUCGUCAGAAAGAUCCUAUUUCUUUAAUUCUCUCAUGCUGAACACCCACUUGAAGCUUGCUUUCUACCUCUCCGAUCCAAGCGCCUGAUCUUGCGGGCCAAACUUGCUCCCUCCGCAGUCUUCUCCAUCUAAGUAAAUGUCAAGAAAUGUUCAGGCUGAAAACCCUGGUGCAGCCUCCUCACGCUUCAUAUCAGCGCACAGGAUUCUAUUUGCUCGACUUGAGAAAAUAUCCAGCCUCCUGGGACUCUGCACCGUCUCUGCUGCCACUCUGGUCCAAGCCUCCAGCAUCUCCCACCUGGAUUGUCGGUAAAAGAGAGUGACUUGAACAAUGCAUUGAAUUACACAAGCCUGCUUGUGGACAUAUGGUAUGAAUUUUGGAGUCAGAUAGGAAUUCAAGUCCAACUCUCUCAUUUACUACCUUUGUGAAGUAAAGAGAUUGAAAUUGCCUUCAUUACUAUAAGGAGAAUAGAAGAUGAAUAAACCCAUAACAUCUUCAACAUAUGUGCGCUGCCUCAAUCUUGGACUAAUUAGGAAGUUGUCAGAUUUUAUUGAUCCUCAAGAAGGAUGGAAGAAGUUAGCGGUAGCUAUUAAAAAACCAUCUGGUGAUGAUAGAUACAAUCAGUUUCACAUAAGGAGAUUUGAAGCAUUACUUCAAACUGGAAAAAGUCCCACCUGUGAAUUACUGUUUGACUGGGGCACCACAAAUUGCACAGUUGGUGACCUUGUGGAUCUUUUGAUUCAAAAUGAGUUUUUUGCCCCAGCGAGUCUUUUGCUACCAGAUGCUAUUCCUAAAACUCCUAAUACAGUACCUUCUGAAGAAGCUGUAACAGUUCAGCAGCAACAGAUGCCUCUCAAUGGCAAAGACAGGACAUUUGUGUUACCUGUGCAGAACUUUGAACAAAACUAUAUGCCACCUGACUCCUCAAGUCCAGAAAAUACAAGUUUAGAAGGUAGUGAUACACGUUUUCACAGUUUUUCAUUUUAUGAAUUGAAGAAUGUCACAAAUAACUUUGAUGAGAGACCCAUUUCUCUCGGUGGCAACAAGAUGGGAGAGGGAGGAUUUGGAGUUGUAUAUAAAGGCUACGUGAACAACAAAACUGUAGCAGUGAAGAAGCUUGCAGCCAUGGUUGACAUUAGUACUGAAGAACUGAAACAGCAGUUUGAUCAAGAAAUAAAAGUCAUGGCAAAGUGUCAGCAUGAGAACUUAGUAGAACUGCUUGGUUUCUCAAGUGAUGGAGAUGACCUCUGCUUAGUGUAUGUUUAUAUGCCCAACGGCUCAUUGCUAGACAGGCUGUCUUGCUUGGAUGGUACUCCACCACUAUCUUGGCACAUGAGAUGCAAGAUUGCCCAAGGUGCAGCUAAUGGCAUCAGUUUUUUACAUGAAAACCAUCAUAUUCAUAGAGACAUUAAAAGUGCAAAUAUCCUACUAGAUGAAGACUUUACAGCCAAAGUAUCUGACUUUGGGCUUGCCCGGGCUUCUGAGAAAUUUGCCCAGACAGUGAUGACUAGCAGAAUUGUGGGCACAACAGCUUAUAUGGCACCUGAGGCUUUAAGAGGAGAAAUAACACCCAAAUCUGACAUCUACAGCUUUGGUGUGGUUUUAUUAGAAAUAAUAACUGGACUUCCAGCUGUAGAUGAACACCGUGAGCCUCAGUUAUUGCUAGAUAUUAAAGAAGAAAUUGAGGAUGAAGAAAAGACAAUUGAAGACUAUAUUGAUCCAAAGAUGAAUGACACUGAUCCCACUUCCAUUGAAACUAUGUACUCUGUUGCUAGUCAAUGCUUGCAUGAAAAGAAAAAUAAGAGACCAGACAUUGAGAAGGUUCAACAGCUGCUGCAAGACUUGACAGCUUCUUAAAACUUUACUGGAAUAGACUCUUGGUUUUUGUGUAGACCUAUCUAUACCAUUUUUUAAACUAAAUUUUUUUUUGGAAACAUUCUUUUUUACAUUUAACAAGGCAGCAUGGAGCAGUGCAGUGGUUAUUAAAGCUUAUAUAAAACCCCCAACAUGUAUAGAAUAAACAAAAGUCAAGCCACGAUAUCAACCCUAAGCCCUACCUCAUCAGUGUCACCCUCAGUUCUCCAGUAAUCCCUGAUACCUCUCCUCGGAACUCCACCAAACAUGGGUUGAAAACUAUAGAAUUAGCAACAAACAGGACUGGACCACAGGGUGAAAAGACCCUAGACCAAAGUCCAACUCCACUACUAAUUUGCUGUAGAGCUUGGACAAUCCCUUAACAGCUUUGAGCUUUGUUUCCCUCCCAGCCUCCCCACUGGUAGCAUUAGGCUAAUACCUACUGUGCUUCUCUGACAGGUAGUCAUGAAAAUCAAAUAAUGCAGAAUAUGUACAAGCACCUUGUAACGUGAUAUACCAGUUUGUAAAGUGACGUAAAAUUAAAAGUUUAUGUAGAUGUUUAUACAAUCCAAUUACAGUCAUUUGUGUAUAGGAUCAUGUUUGCAGUGUGCUAUUUUUUUUUUUUUUUGCAGUGUGCUAUUUUAAGCAAUCAUUCACCACUAACCAAAUAUGCCCUGAUGUUAUUCCCAUGAUGAUAUGGUCAAUAUUAGAUUAUGUUACCUGGCAAAAUUGAAGGAAUUUAGCAGAUGUUGUUAUGGUCCCUAAUCUGCUGACUUUGAGUAUCAACAGAGAGACUGAUGAGUGGGCCUCACCUAAUAAAGUGAGAUUCUCCUGUGGGCCUUGAAGAAGUAAGCUACCGGGUUGUAAGAAAGCCAAUGUGGCUAAAACCUAAGGGUGGCCUACUAGGCUAAGACUACCUUCCAGAGGUUAGCCAGCAAUAAAAAACUGGGAACCUGGGUCUUAUAACCACAAGAAAGUGAAUUCUUCUAAAAAGAACAACUUUUUCUUCCCAUAUUUCUGACCCACUGGUUUGCUAGCGAGCCAACUAAACAUUUUUUAAUUUUAAAUUUCUCUCACUAUGCUCUAUGAGAACCAAGGAGGUAAUAGGAACAAUUAGUUAAUGUUUUGCCUUACCUUUCUGAAAUAUAAUUAAGAGAAAUUUAAGACAUUCUAAACCAUUUAUUGCUCUAUGUACUUUCUGGUUCUGUAACCAUACAAAAUGGCCAUAGAUCUCAGCUAUCUGUAGUCCUUUUUUUUUCACUUUCAAAACACAAGCAUACCUCAGAGAUAUUGUGAAUUCAGCUCCAGACCACCACAAUAAAGUGAGUAUCAUGAUAAAAUGA